ACUUGCUGACUCGAUACUAAAAUCUUAUUUUGGCAGUUUCCUGUAAUACCAUUCAUUUCCUAACCUUAUUUUACAUAAAAAAUUAGAAUGUUAUUAAGUAAAUUAAAUGCCGUUCUCAAUAUCGGGAAAGUGUGCUUACCUGAAGCCCUCCAAGUCCGUUUUCGUUAUCACGCCGACAAGGUAGCAAGAGGUCCGUUGUUGCGUCGUUACGGUUAUGAAGAAAAAAUCUUGCAAAGAGGGACUCUACCCAGAGUUAAGGGGGCUCCAAGGUUGCCUAAGCCUUUAUACAAGCCCAGAGACGUCUGGUCCGAAAAAAGGGCACUAUUUGGUCAGAACGAUUACAUAGAUAUCUUGGGAAACGAACGUUUACAUCCUUCCAGAAUUUUGUAUAAUGUCCCAACUUGGUUGAGGGGAGUUGGCGGGAAUGAGUUCCAAGUGAUGCUUAGGAAAAGAAAUAUGUUGGGAAAAACCGCAUACCCUCUUGCAAGGCCAACAAAGUGGUACCAAUUAGAAAAACGAAUAAAUUACCUCUACCGCUUUUUAAAUAGGAAAACAAAAACCGUGUAAUUAAUCACAUGUAUAAAUAAAAGUUUUAUAACGGUAAAAA